CGCCGGGUACAGCCGGUACCACCACCUUGUACGACCUCCCCUCCCUCUCCUCUCCUCGGCUUCUUUUAUAAAGGGCGCCGCGGGGAGCUCCACCGCACCGGUCCGUCGCCACCGCUCGCUCUCGCCCCAGUCCAAGCCGCGGCCACACGCCUCGGCAUCCGCUCCACGAAACCGGCUCUUCCUUCCAGCUCCGGCUCCACCGGCCAUGAAGCGGCUCCUGAGGCGGCUCUCCCGCACCGUCGCGGCGGCCGAGGACGGCGGUCCCCCCGCGGCGCCCCGGCAGGUCCGGACGAAGAAGGGCAAGGGGGUGCCGGAGGGCCACGUCCCCGUGUGCGUCGGCGAGGAGGGCGGGCCCGUGGAGCGCUUCGCCGUGCGCGCCGAGCUGCUGGGCGAGCCGGCCUUCGCGGCGCUCCUCCGCCGCGCCGCGCAGGAGUACGGCUACGCCCACCCCGGCGCGCUCCGCAUCCCCUGCCCCGCCGCCGAGUUCCGCCGCCUCCUGCUCCGCCUCUCCGACGGCGACCCCGCCGCCACCAGCUGCUAGGCGACGCGAGGAGCGCCGCCCCUACCCUGCCCCCGCCGCCGCGAUAUCGCGGCCUCGCCAUCUCCGUUUUUACCGGUUUGCCCCUGGGUAGAAUGUACGGAGGCCCCGGCCGAGCGGAGGGCAAGACGGGGAUUUGGCUGCUGGGAUUUUUUUUACCACUAGCUAGUGCUAGUUCUAGUGGCACUGUAGCAGUAGCUGCUUGAUGGUAGAACUACGGGUGUCCUUUUUUUUACCCCUUCUAGUUCUAGGACCUGCAGUGUGUGUGUGUGUCUAGUGUGCUAGGGAUUCCUGGGAAUUCACUAUUAACCAUACAUGUAUCCUCGAUUGAGGCUUGUCUCAUGCCACAUUAUGGAGGUAGUAGAUUCUUUGCGCUACGUUGUAAAAA